AAACGCCGUAUAAUGGGAAAGAGAGGGUCAUUUUUUGACGCCAGAGCAUAGUGAGCAAGAGAGCAAAUGAUGCAAGAGAGAAGAAGAAAUCAGCAGAAGCUAGAACACACAGGAUAAGAGCAAACUCAGAGCAAGACUGAGGCAGUUCUGCCGGCAACCAGCAGACGGCGAAAGCGAGCACCCAGAGCCUGCCCCUGGCUUCCGGACUUGCUUCUACCUUGAGCAGCUUGGUGUUCCACCCCAACUGGACUGCGUCUCGGUGGCUGUGGAUGUUCCAGCCACAGUGGUGCCUCAAAGGCGGCUCUGAGAACAGAACCAAGAAGAGGCUGACGAGGAAGCAAAGCGGUGCCAAGGAUAGCAGAAGUGGGAGACGGGGAGAGCCAACCACUGGAGGAGGCCCCACCUGUAGCCUGCACCUGCCUCAGGUGACAUCGGGGCUGGAGAAAUGACCUGCUGGGAAAUGACCCUGCUCCUUCUCUGUGUCCCAGGCUGCUGCUCUCUGAGUGGCCCCAGCACCGUGACGGGCUCUGUGGGGGGAUCUCUGAGCAUACAGUGUCGAUACGAGGAGAAGUACAAGAUGUUUAAGAAAUACUGGUGCAGACAACCGUGCUUUCCACAUUGGCAACAGAACGUAGAGACCAGGGGACCAGAGGAAACGGGGAGGAUUGGCCAAGUGUCCAUCACAGACCAUCCUGGGGACCUCACCUUCACAGUGGCCUUGGAAAACCUCACAGCACAAGAUGCAGGAAAAUACAGGUGUGGGGUUGCAAUAAUCCUGAAGGAAGAUGGACUCCGUGGUUUACUGCCUGAAUCCUUUUUCCAGGUUACAGUGCUUGUUUCCCCAGCCCCCAGCACUGAGAACUCCACCAGGACCCCUGGCUCCUCCCUGUCCGUGGCAGUGAGCACCAGGCCCAGCCGGCAGCGAGGAGCAGAGACCUGAAGGAAGUGGUGAGGCAGACAAGCAGGGAUCUGGAGAAAGAGUGUUCCAAGCAGAAGGUCACUUCUGGAGACAUGAAUUCUGUGGCACUUUUGAUCUGCUGUGCACACAAGUCAAGCACACUCUUGUAGCUAGAGAAAGCCAUCAGGAAAAGAGAUGCAGGAGCUUGAGGUGGGAAACCAUUGGUGUGUCCAGGCUGUCCAAAGCUGCAAGGAGCUCAAGUGGGCAAAGAAGAUAAAGGCUGGGAAUACAGGCACCUGACAUGAUCUUGGAGAGAAUCAAGGAAAACAUCAGCCAAGCCCUGCAGUCUGCAAGCCAGACAGAGUUUUGGGGAGGUGGAGAAAUUGCACAAAGGUCCAAUGUGAUGAGGGGCCCCCAGCAUGUGAAGAGCCGGCCUGGGGCCAGUGUACCAGAGGCCCAGAGAUUGAGAGGAAUAACCAUGAGCCAAACUUGAAGAGCUCUUUCCUUUGGGUUGAAGUCAUUGAUCCAGGACUGGGGGCAAAGGCCUGCCUGGGUUCCUUCAUCUCUCUUCCCCUCCAUCCCUUGCCAUCACAUCCUCCCACAUCUGCAUGGUCCUAACACGCAAUGUUGACUCCUGAGCCGAUGAACAGGAGUCUGCGGCCCUCAGCAUGGGGCUACAUGACUCUGGUACCACCAGGUUUGACCCUGAUACUGGGUUUUGGGGCCACAGGACCCAAAGAAAGGUGGGGGAGUGGUGGGGUCUGGGCCUCCCCUGGGGGAAGCAGCUCACUGCCCAUCACCACGUCUGUCUUACAGGUUCCAGUUCGGCAGUUUCUACCUCCUGCUCCUUCUAUUCCCAAAGGUGCCCCUGCUCCUGGGUGUUCUUGGUGUUCUCCUCUGGGUGAACAGACCUCAGAGGGCCUCUUGUGGGGAGAUGGAGUCAGCAUGACCGAGAGCUCC